UCCCGGUAAAUUUGGACUAAGCGCGCAAAGGUAGCAGGAACUCUUUAGGUUCCCCUGAAAAAGUUGUUGAUAAACAAAAGUACAAGUUCCAAAACCAGCAACUGUAAACGACCGAGCUAAUGUUAUUCUAUUUUUGGCUCAUGAUAGCUUGGUAUAGAUAGCUAUAUAAAAGCUUAUUUGUUUUGGAGUAUCCAGACGAGAACAACCCAGGACCGAUGAUGGAUAUCGAGGGUUCAUCUGUCCCCGUCUUCUCCCUUUGUCUUCUGGCCCCGCCUCUACGCCUGAUGUCGGCUGCGAUGUGGAAGGCGAUGUUACAGCAGGACGUGAGCCAGUAUGGGAGGCUGGAGGAGUGUAUAACCUCUAUCUGUCACAGUGUUCCCGGGCUGCUGGACUAUAGACACUAUGUCAAGCUAGUACUGGGCCUGAGGUCUCGGUUGAUUUUAGAGUUGUGCCGGGACCCUGAAGCGCUUGCCACAACAGCCAUCCUCACACAUCUAGAAAGGCUACCAGCGCUAGUCCAGUCUGCCCCUAACAGGCCGAAAAGGGAUUUGAAAGUUGAAAUGACAUUAAGCAACUUCGAGAAUUUAGUCCAGACCCUCCUUGAUGACCCUGAAGAGAGAGAGCUAUUUUACCAGGAAGAGUUUCCCAAACAGUAUGGCGCACAAUAUGACCGAGCCCUGGAGAAACUUAUGUGGGAGUUCUUGAGCAGACUGGACCAACUAUUACCAGUUCCAGAUUUGGCACAGACGGUGUCGUGGCUGGCGAAUGCCCCGGCGGUCCUCGACGAGUGUGCCAAGUCCGCUACUCCGCCUCAGCUCCUCAGAAACCUCCUGCAGCAUGAGCUUGUCCUCGGUCAUACUGGCCCAGGGGUAUCCAUACCUCCCCGCUCAGGAGAUGAUGUCUACUCAACGUCCCUCCCUCCCUCUGGCCAUAUCCAAGAAACUCAUCAGCCAGGAUCUGACCAAACUGCCGGCCGCUCAGUUCCAUCGCCGCCAAAGUCCUAUCAACAACAACAGAUGCAAACCAGUUCACCCAUCGACCCUGUGAUUGGCUCCAUAUCGUUGAUGGACAUCCAGUCAGCUGUAGCAUGUGCCGGGCUCAGAGAGAAGGGUUGUCACCCUGAGCUCACCUCACAUUGUGAUGUGGAACCUGACGCACCAGCCCAAGGCUUCACCAACAUCAGACAGAGAACUCAUUCAAGACCUGCCGAGGCUGCUGGGGAAGAGGAGGAACAUGUCCGGAGCGAGAAUGACCAUGUCCGGAGCGAGAAUGACCGUGUCCGGAGUGAGAAUGACCCCAUCAGAGUCCAUGACUGUAGAGUGGUCCGGAAGAGGGGAAGACCACGAAAGGGAAAUGCACUGAUAGACCAGGCUGACAGGGCAGCGAUGGAGAGGACAGAGAAAAUGGUCACUAGCGCGAUGACCCAAGAAGAGGACAGGACGUCUCUACUGCCCUCCUGUUUGAAACGUCAGCCGAGAGUGGUCCUCCGGCGAGUGGACGAGACAAAGGUCACGAAGCAGAGAGAUGGUGGGAUCGCAGACAUCACACAGAAAAGGGACAUCUCGAUGUUGACCUCCUGCACGAGACGCCAGCUGAGGGUGGUCAUCCGGCGGCUAGACAUGUCGUCUCCUGCCAUUCAGGCACUCUUAAAACAACCUCUAGUAGCCGUGCCUGAAUGCCAAACGCAGAGUCCUUCCACAAAAACAAAAGGACAUGUGACUGUGAAGAAGAGGAAGAGAAAGACGAAGAGAGUGGGCCACCGGUCAUCUUCUGAAAAGACAUUGCUGGGCUCAGAAAAUAAAGAGAACAUUGAAGGACUCCAAAUCAUUUCCCAAAGGACAAAUAGCCCAGUUAGGGCACUGGCAGCUGCUGAAUCUGGAGAGGAAAUGGUCGCCGAUUCAGAGGAUGAAUCCCCAAACCGUUUCAGGCUGUUCCUGAAACGUUACUACAGGACAAAGCACAACACCUUUGUACCAACGCUAGAGGAGUUUGUGAUGCCGCGUCGACGUGAUCUGUCUCCUGGCACAGGACAAAGGCAGUGACCCAUACUGAAAGGGUAACAAUUUCCUCUGCAGAUGGACUCCGAUGAUUAAGCUCUCUCACUUAUCAGCAUUAAUCUGGAGAGCUGAAUCUCAGGGCUCUCAUGGCUAAGAACUGAUGGCUGGCUGUUUUUUAUAUAUGCAUUAUGCUAUUAUGCUUUUUACAUGCCCUUGUACAUGCCCUUGAAGGACCAUGGUGGGAAUUAUAUAUUAGAGGUUAAAGUUUAUUUUUAGAGCUCCUUUUGCAUUCCUUGGAAUAUUUUUGCAUUCCCUCCCAAGUUUUGCACUGCCUUGCAAUAGUUUUCCAUUCCUUUGCAAAACUGAUUGCGAGGGAACACAAUAGAAGCUCGAAAGAAUAAAUACCCACCCCAUUAAAAUUUUUUAUCUAUUUCCACCAUGGUCCUUCGACGGCUCCGUAGCUUUCAAACCUCGUCACUUCCGCACUUCUUUAGCUAUGUUACUUCCUACCUAACUUGUAUUUUUUUACUGAUACGACUAUCUUCUUGCAUCUACAUACUAUGUAUUUGACUUCCUACAAAUCCCUACUUUUGAAUUCCUAAACUACCUAAAUGACUUUAAUAUAAUAAUGAGUAAAUAAAGUCUUUCCUUAUUUAUUUA